UCUGCCAACGUGCUGAAGUUUUAAUUUGCGAUCACAAAUUUAUAACAAUGAAUCCUUGGAUGCGGUGGCGGAUUUUCGCGGAUAAAUACAACAACUAUCUUCUUUAUUCUGUGAUGGGAGCGAUGACUUGUGCUCAGGUAUACUUACAGUACAAAAAUUGGAAAGGAGAAAGAGUUACACCAACUAAGGAAGAGUUAUAUAAGAAGGGACCAAUAGUAAUAAAACUAGAAGAGUACCUCAGAGCAAUAGCACAAAGUCCAUUCCUAACAAAGAAAACAAAAGAUCCAUUUAAAGAAGAUGAGGAUCAGUAGCCUUGAUGGAAGCCACAGUAAAAAACAUGGCAACUCUAUUCACAAGUCAAGUUGAAUACAGAAGACACAAUAACAGGAUGCAUCUUAUCACUAAGCUACAAUCCACUAUGCCAAGAACAGACUGAAGCCUUGAUAACCUCAGGAGCUGCGAUUUGAAUAUUGUGGCCUGUUUUCGUGCUCUUAUCUAAGUGGUCCUGCAAAUCCAUGAUUGACCUUGAGAAGUGACAUCUCAAAAAUGACAGAAAUGUCUUUUAAUUUAAGUGAUUAUAUAAUUUGAUUGGAACUCUCUCACAGAUUUCAUAAACUUAAGUCUCUGAGCAGGACGCUUGUGAACACAAACAGAUUUCUGGCUUUUGUUUCACUGCAGAUUGAAAGAAAAGCCAGAAAUCUGAUAGUGUUCACAGACUAAUGAGCAGGGAGGGCAAAUGUUUACUUCAUCAGAGUAAAAGAUAGUAACUCAUAUAUUUUGUUACAGAAAAAAGUUCUGUGAUAUGUUGAAAAAAAAUAAUAAUACAGUCAAAGUUGUGUUCACAGGUGGUCUUUUUGUCUGGUUUCCAACUCUUAAUGAAACCCCUGCACUCUAAUCUACAACUGAAGACUGAAGUUUCCUUUUGUACAGUUAGCGGCUAAGAUAUCAACUUUUUUAAAAUUUUAGUUUCAUUGAAGCCUAGCCUUAUUCGAUUUCAUCAUAAUUUUUCUAUUUUUACCAGUAGGUGCAUAUUCAGACCGUUAUUUUACAUAUCCAGGAGUAACUCUCACUUCAGAUUAAAAUCUACAUGUAAAAUAACAGAUAUUUUGUAACAUGCAUGCAUUACAUGCAGGUGUAACAAAUUUUCGGCCAACAAAUAAAUAAUGAAUUUUAUUUAAUGUCAUUGUUUCCAAAACAAGGUUUUGUUCAGUACAUAAUUUUCAAGCCAGUUUCCUAUAUUAUUGUAUUUGAUAAUAUGAAAUGAAGAAAAACUAUUUCACAGUAGAUUCAAAGUUGUGUGGCUGCAACCCGAAUCAUAAAUCUCCUAAGUGCAAGCUUGAACUUGUUUUUCACUUGGUCAGGCUAACAAGGAGAAUUACCAGAAAGAAUUAAUGUGCCUCUCAACUUGGAACAAAACUGGUGCAAUAUAUAAUUAAAAAGGUGUCAAUCAUAGUGAAUAGUUUGUUUCUUUAUGAAAUGAUACACAUUUUUUCAGAUACAGUUGGACCUCUCUAAUUCAAACUCAGUUAUUUUGAAUUCUCCAUUAUUUCGAACUCAGAACCAUUUCCUCAGGAUUUACCCUUCAGUCAUUUAUUAUGGGCUAUUUCAAACUCUCGCUAUUUUUGAAAAAUUUUCAUUUCCCAUGAGAGUUAGAGGGUUCAACUAUAUUGUUUCUUCGGAGACUAUAAUUUCAAGGAUUUAAAUGUCAUCAAAAAGCUUGCUUUUCACUUUUGGUACUCAAAAGAAUUGACUUCUUCCAGAUUCUUCUUUCCAACUGUUAAAAAUUAAUACCCUAGGGUUUUUUAAAAACUAUUAUAAUUUUUUUUCUCAAAAUCACUUUUCCAGACCCAAUAUUAUAAUUAUCAGUUCCUGUCAAGAUUAUUCCAGGAAAAAAAAAACGAUUCAGUGAUUUUUUGAAAGACUUCUCCAAAAGUGUGGUUUGGAAUUUGAUCAUUUUAAAACAGAAUGUGGGUAUUUCCCGUCCCGAUUGUCCUGUAGUCCAUUACAAGUUUAUAGUUCUGAAGAAGACUCAAUUACGAAGUCUCGUUACUAUGGUAACGGCGCAUCGGAUUCUAGAAGGGAACAUCGUGGAACGUUAGCACAGCUGGGUUUAUGUGAAGUAUUUCCUCCUCGUUGUUGGGUAGCAGAGCACCUCAUCCUUUCGACACCGCAAAGAAGUAUUUUUUCGGCGACUAUGGCUAUGGACGGGGCAUAUAGACUUGAGCUGGAGCCGCAGAAGAAGAACGUCUUUGUAACCCAGUUGAGAGACGACGAUGAAGAUGACAGCAACGUCCGCAAAUUUCCCAUCGUGGAAGAGUCAGCAAGCAAACUACUUGACACCGGUCUCAACACAGUGCAGUCCACUCUACUCCUCAAGAAACAGGUUGAAGUGGAAAAGGUACAAGAAGACUUGGAUAUCAAAAGGCGUCAGUUUGCAGAACGCAUGGCAGCUUGCAAGGCUAAGGAGGAGGAGCUUAAAAAGAAACAAACUCAGAUUCGUGAACGAGUUGGCAAGUUUGAGAAGUUUAUAGAAGAGAAUGAUGCUAAAAGGAGGAGAGCAAUUCAGAAGUACCAGACAGAAUUGAAGCUUAAAACCCAGAAAAACAGAGAACUUGACAUUUUAUCCACAGAAUUAGAGCAGCUUAAAGCAAGAAAUGGGGCUCUGCAGGCAAAGCUGGCAAAACAUUCAGUUUAUGAAAAAUUCCUGAUGAAAGUUCUUGAUCAGUUACCAGAAGACUAUCUUGAAGCAAAUGACUCCAUGUUAAUGGGAAUCAUGAUGAGGUUUAGAACAUUGAGUGCAACAAAUCAAUCACUCGUACAGAUGUUAGGAGAUACAUCAGAUCAGGUUGAAAGUGAGCAACAGAGGCUACAGGACUUGAAUCAAGAACAUACUCAAAACUUGCUGUUGAUGAACAGUGAACUGGCAGCACUUCAGGAAAAACUGGAGGAGACCGUGCAAUGGAAAGAGAAAAUUGACCAGUUCUUAAUCAAUAGCAAAGGCAUUUACAGACAGCAGAGUGAAAUGCUUGGCUGCAUCAGACUAGCAAUCGACAACAUCGCAGAAAAAUGCCAGCGGCUCCGGGGGACACCUGUAGAAAAACUUGACGUUGAUUCCAAGCUGAAAGUGAUUCAGGAACACAUUUUAGAGCACACUGACAUCGUCAAAAUAGCCAGACUCCCAGAAUCAGCUGCGGCCUCUGAAGGACUGCAACCCAGUCCCCUAAGCAUCCUCAAGAAAGAGUCCAGAAUAUCCCGGCAUGCAUUGUUAGACUCGCCGUUCAAGUCCAGUCCUUCCAGAGGACUGAAAAAUGUGCAAAUGGCUCUGAGAUUCGCCGCCGAUGUUAAGCAGUCGUAGCAGGAGUCAAAGCUUAGAAGCAUUAUAAUGUAAACAAUUCUCCUUCUGAGGGCGUUACUCGUUGCUGAGAAUUAAACAAGGUUACAGAUGGUUGUUCGAAGAGAAAGUAUGCUAGGGAGGAGAGGGUAGGGAAGGUCUGCAAAUCCCUGGAACUGCUCUUCCAACGCGCCCGCCCUGCAGUACGAGGUUUUUUAACCGAGAUUUCUUGAUACUCUUGUGAAACGAAUUAUUGGCAGCUGGGUAGCUGUAUUGGGUAAUCUUAAAAUACCUUUUGUUGUCACAAUCUACAAUGAUCUUUUUUCAAUUCCUUUUUUCGAAGACUUUUUUAGACCUUUUAUGGCAAACAUUUUUGUACCUGCUUUUGUACAUAGGAUGGUGUUUGUAAAGUUAGUACAUUGAAAUACCAAGCUUUUUGGAGGAAAGUCAAAACUAUAUUUAAUGUGUAUAUAUAAAAUAUUGUUUAUUGAAAAAUAAAUUAUUUUCUAUUGAUAACUGGUGUCGUUGGCUUCUCUCUUUCUCUUUCAACCUACCAUCCAUUUUCUUCCCAAAACUUUUAAAAGCCCGUUUUAUACGCCGUGUUCGUAGCGAUAGCACUGACGGCGUUUGAAACAGGUCUUGCUGAUGCUGUACAGCUGACACACACAAGCUCUGGUAUAUCAAGCUAGACUUUCUGAAAAGUCCUUCGUCUUGUUUAUUAUUCGCUCGCUCGGCCGCUUCACGACCUUAAAACGGCCGCUUCGCGGCCUGACAUAUUCUACCCUGAAAUUCAUGAGGUCGACUUGUGGCAAGUCUAAUAUCAAGCUUAAUACAAGAAUUCCUCAUAAAUACAUUAUUGUAAAAGACGUAAAGUUUUACUGUUAAAGACCUCGGUGAUUUUCUAGUGGUCUUGAGUUUAACCUAAAUACUGUAGCAGAAAUAUCUGGAAAAUGCUCUUAAACCACCAGAACGAGUCUUCCUGCCGCUGCCCUCUCGCCGUUAGUAGUAUAUCGGCUGUGUAUAGCAUUUAGGAGAGUUAAGAAAGGGAGGCUACAAUUUGAACCACCACUGCGACCACAUGACCAGAAUCAGCAGUUUUUUGCGCGCAUUGUGAUUGGUUCAAACCACUUUACCACAGCUCCAACCCCCAGAGUUCAUUCUGACAGCAGAAAUAAAUGGGUCCUUUCCCGGUUUCCAGUUGGAGUUAGAUAAUACCUUGUUAGAUGAUUUUUUCAAGAGCUAUCAGUUUAGCAAACUUCGGAGGGGAAUUUGGCAGAAAAAGAUAAAAAACAAUCGCCUACAGUUCGUGUUCGCGCAGCAUUACUCGAUUUUACCGACUUUCAACUCGUGUUUUUUAUAACUCGAAUAGUUAGAAACACGGAAAAAGUUUGGUAUUUCUUAUAUUUGUACUUCACGAAAUUAAUUGAAGUCCUCGUGGUUCUCCUGAGUUCGAGCAACGCAACGCAACGUAAAACACAGUCAAAGUUUGGUUUUCGGGAAAGAAAAGCGUUGCAUGAUAAAUCUUUCAUUAAUCAUUUUGAUGUAUAUUAUCGCUGUACGUGUUCACUCGUCAAUCUUCAUUAGUGUUUUGACUUGCGCUAUGAACUCGCCAAAAUACCUCAACACUCUUAAAAUAUAUAUCCGUGUUUAUUAACCAAGUGCAAGGGCCGUACCAGGAGAUUGUCGGCCUGAUUUCUGGACAAUAAACCGACCGAGCGCGUCGAGGUCUACAAAAAGACCGCUACCAAGGUCCGAUAUUCACGAAGAACAGUCCCCAGCAAGCUUGCUUAAUAAACUAGAGAUUUAUUGCAAGACUGAAAAAUCCCAAGUUCACGGACCGGAUAGAUUCCGUAAACUUCCAACGUGCGAUCACAAGUUCGCCGCAAAAAGGAACACUUGAUCGCAGGUUCGUAAACUUCAAGUGAGCGCUUACUCAGAGCGCUUGCUCACCUCUGAAACACAAUACGUAGAAUUUGCAAUGAAAUCUUCCUCUUGUGAGACAUACCGAAAAGAGGUAAAAUGACCAAGAACACUUAAAUCCUCAAGUUUUAAUUUUAUCCCAACGUUACAAAUAUUUACAGAGAAAUAAGUUAAAUGUAGCGUUUGUUACAAUCCGAUCUCAGUGAUAUUCAGUGCCGUAUUUCAAGUUUUGUAAUCCUCUUGUCAAGUUUAAUACUUAAGAAGUAACUUGGUCAUGCUAUUUUGGCAAUUAAACUGGUAUUGGAAUUCCGGUUUGAAAGAGCAGUCAAAUGGGAUAGAAAUCCUCGAAAACAAUUCUGUAGGAAAAAAUUCAUUCAUACCGGAUAAUGUGGCCCUCUGGGGCACAGAAUUCACUUUUGUUCAUUUUUCUUAAAAAAAUCGCGGCCUGUCACCUGAUGAACGAUGGAUUCGUAAGGGUUAUCAUGCAUGUCAACAACCCAUAUCUUAGACAUAUAUAGUGAGUCACGAGUGGUAAAUGGAAU